AUGAGGACUGUUCUCUUGCCGUACUUGACGCUGAUGGCACGGCACCAAGUCCAGCUCAGCAUCUCGCCUCCUCGUCAGAGCGACGUUCGUUCCCAGCGACGUCUCAAUGACGCCCUUGGCUUCGACCACGUGCUAGUGGCGGUUCAACCUUUGUUUGACACGUUGCCAGAUCUUCCCCAUGCAGUCGAUGAGCUCACCGCUCAACUCAAGAUCUCCCGAGAGGAAGCUGCCGCUGCCAAGCGUCUACUCGUUCCUGUCCAACAAGCCGACAGCUGA